AUGUUAAACUUGGCACAAGCUUUAGCUGCUGCUGAGCAGCAGCACUGUCUUAUUUUUGCUGAGCGUGUUUUGGGAAACAAGAAGCUUGGUGUCUUGAUGUUUGUUUGCUUGUUCAGCAGCUACAUCUCGUUUAUUUCGCAGACAGGAAAUUUGGAAGGACAUAUGCAACCAAAGCAGAUUCUUAACUACAUCUUUGCAUACGGAGCCAAGCGGUGGCCAAAAACAACAAGUCUGGCGGGCAGAAACAACUUUCUUGGCUAUGGCUUGAGCUGCAUAAGUUUGAAGCCAACCAAACUCUUGCAGUCCAGAUUGCGAUGA